AGCAGCCCCCCAUGCCCGGCCCGUGGUCCAUGCCGGCCCCUCCGGAGGCUCCGGACGCCCCAAAGGCCUCGGAGAGCGCCGGGACGGAGCCGCCGCCGCCGGAGCCGCCCGGUGGGCGCGUCCUUUUCUCCUGAGCGAGGCCACCCCAAGGUGACAAAAUUGAGCCCCUCAAGGUGACGGUCGAUCUCCUGAAGGUGCCCUGGGCCUGAAGAAGCCCCCGCUGAAGGAGGCCCUGGCCGCCCUCCCGGGGAAGCCCAAAGCCCAAAUCCUGGAGCGGCACAAGGCCCGGCGCUGCGACGCCAUGGACAACGAGUCCCAGUACUCCGGGUACUCCUACAAAUCCGGCCACUCCCGCAGCUCCCGCAAGCACAGGGAUCGGCGGGAGCGGCACCGCUCCAAGAGCCGGGACGGGACGCGUGGGGACAAAUCGGUGACGAUCCAAGCGCCGGGGGAGCCUCUGCUGGACAACGAAUCCACGCGGGGCGACGAGAGGGACGACAACUGGGGCGAGACCACCACGGUGGUGACGGGCACGUCGGAGCACAGCAUCUCCCACGAUGACCUCACGCGCAUCACCAAGGACAUGGAGGACAGCGCCCACCUGGACUGCUCCCGCCACCUGGGCGUGGCCCUGGGCGCGGCCCUGGCGCUCCUGGCCUUCCUCACGCCCUUGGCCUUCCUCCUCCUCCCGCAGCUGCUGUGGCGGGAGGAGCUGGAGCCCUGCGGGACGCCCUGCGAGGGGCUCUUCAUCUCGGUGGCCUUCAAGCUCCUCAUCCUCCUGCUGGGCAGCUGGGCCCUGUUCUUCCGCCGCCCCAAAGCCUUCUUCCCGCGCGUCUUCGUCUUCCGCGCGCUCCUCAUGGUGCUGGUGUUCCUGCUGGUGGUGUCCUACUGGCUCUUCUACGGCGUGCGGAUCCUGGACUCGCGGGACCGCAACUACCGCGGCGUGGUGCAGUUCGCCGUGUCGCUGGUGGACGCGCUGCUCUUCGUGCACUACCUGGCCGUGGUGCUGCUGGAGCUGCGGCAGCUGCAGCCGCAGUUCACGCUCAAGGCCGUGCGCUCGGCCGACGGCGCCAGCCGCUUCUACAACGUCGGCCACCUCAGCAUCCAGCGAGCGGCCGUGUGGAUCCUGGAGAAUUACUACCACGACUUCCCGGUCUACAACCCCGCCCUGCUCAACCUCCCAAAAUCCGUCCUCUCCAAGAAAAUGUCCGGCUUUAAGGUCUAUUCCCUCGGCGAGGAGAAUUCCACCAACAACUCCACGGGGCAGUCGCGGGCGGUGAUUGCGGCGGCGGCGCGGCGGCGCGACAACAGCCACAACGAGUUCUACUACGAGGAGGCCGAGCACGAGCGCCGGGUGCGGAAACGCCGCGCCAGGCUGGUGGUGGCGGUGGAGGAGGCCUUCACGCACAUCAAGCGGCUGCAGGAGGAGGAGCAGAAGAACCCGCGGGAGAUCAUGGACCCGCGCGAGGCCGCCCAGGCCAUCUUCGCCUCCAUGGCCCGCGCCAUGCAGAAGUACCUGAGGACCACCAAGCAGCAGCCCUACCACACCAUGGAGAGCAUCCUGCAGCACCUCGAGUUCUGCAUCACCCACGACAUGACCCCCAAGGCCUUCCUGGAGCGGUACCUGACGGCCGGCCCCACCAUCCAGUACCACAAGGACCGCUGGCUGGCCAAGCAGUGGACGCUGGUCAGCGAGGAGCCGGUGACCAACGGCCUCAAGGACGGCGUGGUCUUCGUGCUCAAGCGCCAGGACUUCAGCCUGGUGGUGUCCACCAAGAAGAUCCCGUUCUUCAAGCUCUCCGAGGAGUUCGUGGACCCCAAGUCGCACAAGUUCAUCAUGAGGCUGCAGUCGGAGACCUCGGUGUGAUUGGGAUUUUUCCCGAAUCCUUCCGGCUCCGAAUCUCCCAAUUUGGCUCCUCCGGCGCCGCCGGGACGCGGAAAAGCGGGAAAGGCGCUCCCGGCUCCGGCGCCCUGCUGGGAUCAUGACCACUCGUCCUUUCCUGAGGUGGCUGAGCGCCUUCUCCUCAUCCUCCUCCUCCUCUUCCUCCUCAUUCCGAAAUCCGGAUCCCUUGGAGCCGGAACUCAAGGGCUAAUCCCAAGAAUUCCCAACUUCCUUCUUCACCAGCGUCCUUGGAGCAGCUCCGGGGUCCCACCGACCUCCUGCUCCUCCCGUCCGUGUUCUCCUGGACGUCUGUCCUGGCUCUGGCCUUAAACCACUUCCCAGCUUGGGAUCCCAAGGGAAUUUUGGAAUCGUCUCCAGGAAUCCGUGGCUGCUAUGGAAAAGCUCCCCCUGGUGCACCCCCAGGUUUUGGGAGCGUCCUCCUCGCCUCUGCUGAAUUUUUAGGAAAAACGAGCGGAAAUUUGGGAUUUUUUGGAGGAGCUGAAGGUUUUGGGAGCACCCUCCUCACCUCUGCUGAUGUUUUUAGGAAAUCUGGGAUUUUUGGAGGAGCUGAAGGUCGAAUUGAGGUUUUGGGAGGGUUUUUUUGGGUGGGUUUUGCUGCUCCUGGGGGAUCCACAUCCCAAAUUCCAGCGGGAGCUUCCCGGUGCCGUUGGAGCAAUCCUGGAUCCGUGACCCUGAGGAGCUCCAUGAGAUCUCAGCGAGGUCCUUCAGGAACGUCCCUCAAAUGAGGUGAUCCCACAGAAUUCCCAUCGGGAUGCAAAAAGAAAAAAUUAAUUUUUUCGCCUUCUCCUGGUUUUGUUUCUAAGGUCAGAAAUACCUCACGGAUGGAUUUGGGAUUUUAUUCCCAAUUUUUUUUUGGUUUUUCUCCCCGCUCCAGCUCCCACCUCCACCCUUGUGGGGCCGGAAGUGCCGGAUUUCAUUCCAGGAGUUUUGGGGUCGGGUUUUGGGGUCGAUUUUGUCCUAAGCACUAAAAAAGGGGAGUUUGGAGCCAGGGGAGGCUUCCCCAGUAAGCACCAGUAGCAAAAUGGGGGGGAUCCACCCCCUACCCGAAUUCCAGGAAAUUCCUGGGUUUUUUGGGAGUUUUGGGAGAAAUUUUUUGGGCAAUUUGUACUGGGAGCCCAUUUUGGGCCAUUUUCCUGAAAAAAAAAAUAAAAAAAAAGGGGGGGGAUGGAUCUUCCUCUGAGGGGUGGGGAGUUCUCAAUUCCAUUUGAGAAUUUUGGGAGAUCAAAAUUCCCUUUUUUUGGGUUCCGUUUUCGGGGUCGGGUUUGGAUUUUGUUUUCCCGCAGAGCCGAGGUUUCUGUGCAUGCGUGUAGAAAGUUGUAAAAUGUCAAAUUAAUGGUUUUUAAUAUAUAAAGAAAGCUUGGAUUUUCCCAGAGUUUUGCAGUGGAUCGGAGCGUUCCGGCAGUGGUAGGAAUUUUUUUCCGUUGGUGUUUGGUUGGUUUUUUUUGGGCUUUUUUUUGUUUUAUUUUUUUUUU